AAAAACCAACCAUGAAUGUGGACGAGCUCCCAGCCGCCGCCUCCUCGGCCUUCGUGGACGUCCUCUCCGUCGUGCUGCGCCACGCGGACUGGCGAGCGCGCGGUGCUGCGCCUGCUGUCUGCUGCUCGUGGCGCCAGGCGCUCAAAGGCGAGGCGCACUGGCGAGCGAUGUGCCUCAGGCUUCGCGACGAGUGCCUCCUCUUUGUGCCCGAGGGUUUUCGCCCGAGCGUCGACUGGCGAGCUCAUUUUCACGAGCUCUGGCGCCGGCGCAACCUGUGGGAGCCAGACGGCGGCUCGGUGCCGGCGGAGGCCUUCUCGGUGAGCGUGUGCGCUCGCUUCCGGCCGACGGUAAAAACCGCGGGCGGCAGCGACGCGGCCGGUGCGGGCGACGCGAUGACGAUGCCCUUUCACCAGCGCGUCGCGGUGGUGCGCGCCAAGCACGGCUGCUCGCAGGCCAAGGCGAUGAAGCUGGUGAUGAUGCGGGAGGCCAAGUCCGGCGCGAGCAAAUCCGACCCGUGGUCGACGGACGUCGCGGUGGCGCAGCGGCCGUCCGACGCCUCGCUUGCCGCGCUCGAGGCGCAGCGCCAGGCGGCGGCGGCGGCGCACCUCGCCGCCGUCGACGACGAGCAGGUUGCGCGCAGCCAGCACCUCAAGCCCCACCUGUACGGACGGCUGCGCAAGAAGGGGCGGCCAGGCGAGGCGGCGGGCGGAGAGAGCUCUUCCUCCUGCGCCGCCGGCGGGCGGUGCAGCGCAGCCGAGGCGGCGGUGCAGCAGGUCGAAGAAGUGGAGGGUAGCGCCGGCAUCGUGCAGGUGACACCCCUGCACCCGGGCACGGGCGAGCCGGAGGUGUGCGCCUUCUUCGACACGCUGGCGGGAGGAGAGGCGCGCGGCGUCCAGCCCGUCUCCGUCCACCUCGUGCGUGCGCACCCCUCCCUCGCCCGGCGUCGGGGGGCGUUUGUCGUCUUUCCCAGCUCCGAGCAGGCCGACCUUAGUU